AACAUCUGUAUGUUCCUCAAAAAUUCAAUAUUAGUCUGGCUAUUGUAGACUUUUCCAAGGUGCAGAAAAGAACACAACGCAUAAUUCCACAUGAUACACUGUGAAUGACAAACCAAAAGAAUAUAUUUUGGAAGACUGGUGAUUACCCCUCCAGUUCAGAGACUUUGAGACUCUAAGUAGCAUCAAAGCUGUUCUUGCAUCUUAUUAAGAUACUUUGUGUUGUACUUUUAAUACUCUACAUUGUUUUGUUCUUGCAUGUCUGUUAUAUAGAAAUGACGCAUAAUCUUCAUGCCAUCUAAGAACAAUUCAUGAGAAAAUGUACUAACAUAUCGCCCAAAUUGUUCAUUCUCAGACUAUGGGAGAAAUCAAGUUUCAAAAUAUCUGCACUUAACAGUCUGUGGCUGGCAUUUUGUGUUGUGAUUAGACUAAAAGAUUGGUAGCUGUACUGCCUACAGAGGUGUGAUCAGUCUGCAGGGACAGAUGUCCUCUGUUGCACUUUUAGUUUAGUCAUGCCAGCACAACCUUUGCCCAAAGGCAAAAAUGAAACUCAGACUGGAAGAGACUUGCGAUGACACACUGGGUCAACAACUGAUUUAAUUAAUUGUGAAGCCCACAGGGGUCUCGUGCAGCUUUGAGGGCGCAGAGAUUAAUGUCUUCCCAUGAUGUUAAUUAUUAAUCUCAUUACAUUGCACGGGAAAGAGAUAGGGGGGAGAUGUUUCAACACACAAAUUAAGAUUCUCGACCAAUACGUGUCUAAAGCUGUUUUUCUUGCAGGAGUAGGGGAAAGGCUCGCAGCUCGCCCUCUCAAAGCGCAUGUCCCCCUGCGCGCAUCGCUGUGCCAUCUGGGUCUGACCUCACACUCGUGCUGUGUCACAACUUGUUUGCGGAUCCCAAAUAAAAUUUCCACCGCUGAAGAUAAGCGUCUCCAAAGAAUCUUUAUUUUAAUAUAUAGCCUGCUGUACCCCCCUCGUGACCGCUUGAACAAAUAGGGAGAGACUCUCAAGGUUUCUCCGCAUCCGAUCCAACACAUUACAAACUAGAACAAAGCGACUGAAAUAAAUCUUUGUGACAUUUUGCGUAGCCUGCUCGAGUAACUGGUAGAAUUUAAACUUUGUGUCCGAGCGGUAAACCGAUAAUCUGGCAUCCUAAACAUCGCAUCUAGAUUGAUCUUUUAAUUUCAUAGUUGAUGCUCAAGAAAGUAAAACGUCUAUUUUCCCCAUCAGAACAAUGAAGUGUGCGCCAGUUGCAUCUGUUUAGGAAAUGUGACUUUUGAACCGCUGUCAGCAGGAUCAGACCUCCGGGUAGGCUACCCGGGCGCACUCGUCGUUGUGGUUUGUGUUUUUUUUUUUUUUCUUCUUCCAGCACCAAGGACAGCUCCUGGCACGCAGCUCAGCUGCACCCGGUUCAAACUUCAGGCAGCGGCACACUCUCCUCCUUCAGUCAUUCAUUUAUUCAUUCAUUCAUUCGUGCAUCCAGCUCCACUGUCGUGCACAUCCACGCCACUUUGGCUUAAAAAAUCCCUCAACAGUACUGCAAAGGAUAUGCAUUGGGUUUGCACGAUCCAUUCAUCCUACGGCAGCGCUGGAAACUGAGGAACCCUGCACAGGCUGUAAUUUACAACAAACUCUGACGAAGAGAAGAAUGAAGAGGAUGGGGCUGAUGCUGUAAAUGGCCUCUGUCAGAACAAAAACACUGGUGCUUUGAGAUCUGGUGCUGCUGCGCCUUACUGUUUUUUUCUUUAGAACCGCUGUCAUCAAAAGCUGACCAGACUCAGACCAGAAACUACAGUACUGUGACCUUGUUUUUCCCAAAGGAUAUGUCAUUGGGGAAAUCCCCUGUGUUGGGGGUGCGCCCUGUGCCCCGACCCCUCUGGCUGUCCCACCUCAGCCUGCUGUGCUUAUGUGUGUCUCUCUUUGCCCAGGCCCCCCAGGGUUUGCCUGUGGUAGGUUAUAACACUGACUCCAAGAGGGAGAUCACACUGGAAGGAGAUUUGAUGAUUGGCGGCCUGUUCCCUGUGCACCAGAAGGGUGAGGGAGCCGAGGACUGUGGGAAGAUCAAUGCUCAGAGAGGGAUCCAGCGACUGGAGGCCAUGCUGCUGGCACUAGAUGAAAUCAACAAGGAUGAGCGCAUCCUGCCUGGGAUCAGACUGGGAGCUCACAUACUGGACACUUGCUCUAAGGACACCUACGCUCUAGAGCAGUCCCUGGAGUUUGUCAGGGCCUCCCUCACCAAAGUGGAUGACAGUGAGUACACGUGCCCUGACGGCUCCUACGCCAUCCAUGACGACGUCCCUCUGGCUAUCUCUGGGGUCAUUGGAGGCUCCUACAGUGAUGUCUCCAUUCAGGUGGCCAACCUUCUGCGACUCUUCCAAAUCCCUCAGAUAAGCUAUGCUUCCACUAGUGCCAAGCUCAGCGACAAGACCCGCUAUGACUACUUUGCCCGCACUGUGCCCCCGGACUUCUACCAGGCCAAGGCCAUGGCAGAGAUCCUGCGUUACUUCAACUGGACGUACGUAUCGACGGUGGCAUCAGAAGGUGACUAUGGUGAGACUGGCAUUGACGCCUUCCAGCAGGAGGCUCGUGCCCACCAGAUCUGCAUUGCCACUUCAGCCAAGGUGGGCCGCUCAAUGAGCCGCUGGAGUUACGAGAAUGUGAUCCGCUCCCUGCAGCAGAAGUCCAAUGCCAAGGUGGUCAUCCUGUUCACACGCAGUGAAGACGCCCGCGAGCUGCUGGUGGCAGCCAACCGCAUGAAUGUCACCUUCACCUGGGUGGCCAGUGAUGGCUGGGGAGCGCAGGAAAGUGUGGUGAGAGGCAGCGAGGCUGUAGCUGACGGAGCAUUCACCAUUGAACUAGCUUCCUAUCCGAUCCCCCAGUUUAAUGACUACUUCACUGCCCUGCACCCGUACAACAACACCAGGAAUCCCUGGUUCAGAGAGUUUUGGGAAAACCAGUUCCAAUGCAGCCUCCAUGAUCUGGGAUGUGGGAAGCACUCACUCCGCGAGACUCCAUUUCAGCCAGAAUCCAAGAUCAUGUUUGUAGUGAAUGCAGUCUAUGCGAUAGCUACUGCCAUACAUAACAUGAGGCAGGCCUUAUGCCCCAACUCCACCAAGGUGUGUGAGGCUCUUAAACCUGGCAAUGGCAGAAAGUUUUACAGGGACUACAUUCUCAAGGUCAAGUUUGAGGCACCAUUUCGUCCACCAGACACAGAGAAUGAAGUCCGCUUUGAUGCCUAUGGGGACAGCCUUGGUCGUUACAACAUUUUCCACUACCACAAAGAAGAUGGACGCUAUGUCUACCGUAAGGUCGGCUACUGGGCUCAGAGCCUGACCCUGAACACAAGCCUGAUCCCCUGGGCUGGCCAGGUUGUGCCAACCUCCCAGUGUAGUGACCCCUGUAGGAAGAACGAGGUGAAGAGUAUGCAGCCUGGAGAUGUGUGCUGCUGGAUCUGUAUCCCCUGUCAACCCUACCAGUAUUUGCAGGAUGAAUUCACCUGUGCUGACUGCAGCUUUGGACAGUGGCCCCUGGCCAACCUGACAGGCUGUUAUGAUCUGCCUGAGGAGUACAUCCGCUGGGAAGAUGCCUGGGCCAUUGGACCUGUCACCAUAUCCUUUCUAGGGAUGAUGUGUACGCUCUUCGUCAUUGGGCUCUUCCUUAAACACAAUGAGACACCCGUGGUGAAGGCCAGUGGCCGUGAGCUCUCCUACAUUCUUCUGCUGGGAGUGUUGAUGUGUUAUAGCAUGACCUUCAUCUACAUUGCCAAACCGUCCACGGCAGUUUGUACACUGCGUCGGCUAGGUUUAGGCACCUCAUUUGCUGUGUGCUACUCAGCCCUCCUGACCAAGACCAAUCGCAUUGCUCGGAUCUUCAGUGGGGUGAAGGAUGGAGCGCAGCGGCCUCGAUUUAUCAGCCCAGCCUCCCAGGUUGCCAUCUGUGGUGCUCUGAUCUCCUGCCAGCUGGUGGUAGUGGUGGUCUGGCUGCUGGUGGAAACCCCUGGGGUGAGAAAGGAAGUGAGCCCGGAGAGGAGAGAUGUGGUCACCCUCAAGUGUAACAGCAAGGACUCCAGUAUGCUCAUGUCUCUCACCUACAACUGCAUCCUCAUCAUCCUCUGCACAGUCUACGCCUUCAAGACCCGCAAAUGCCCAGAGAACUUCAACGAGGCCAAGUUCAUUGGGUUCACCAUGUACACCACCUGCAUCAUCUGGCUGGCUUUCCAGCCUAUUUUCUACGUUACUGCCAGUGACUACAGGGUGCAGACAACCACCAUGUGCAUUUCUGUCAGUCUGAGUGGGUCGGUGGUGUUGGGCUGCCUCUUCGCUCCCAAAGUCCACAUCAUCCUGUUCCAGCCGCAGAAGAAUGUCAGCACUCUCAGAGUGGCCACCACCCGCUUCAGCGUCACCACUGGCCCAGGCUCCAGUUUCUCUCAAGUCAUGCAUGGUUCAGAUCAGGCAAACCAGAAAGGCUGAACAGUUGGAAGAUUCCCACCAAAGAACUUUUUUUUUUUAAUGUUUUGCAGCGUCAGCCUCCA